AUGGCUCGCCAAGGUUGCGGUGACAUCGGAGAUCGUGUCUAUACCGGGCAUAUGAUAUGUUUGGACUCAGCUCGAAAUAUCGCGCGUCUUUUGAUUGCAAUAGAUCAAUAUGGCUUUCCCAAAAGGACCAUGCUAGUUGGUCUCACUCUAUUUCAUUCACUUUCGGCGUUCAUUAUCCUUUUCGCCAAUGUUAUUCAGAAUCCUGGCGAUUCUUAUAUCACUGAAGACGUUCAGCUUCUGGGAGUCAUUCUCGAUUCCCUGUUCCCUAGUCUUCAAGCCAGUGGGACGUUUCUGCCCAAUCUAGUCUCCGAAAUAUUUAGCAAGAUGAGGUUAAUGGCAGUGGAAUAUGUGGAAAAGGUGCAAGUCCAAUUGAAAACCGUAUCGAAACGGCCACGUCGAGACUCUGAUGAGGCGGUCAUGCAUCUUCCUCAUCGCCCUGCAACAGAGAACCAUGGCCAGCCGCACAACAAGGGACUUGACUCCACAGCUGAUACAUACUUGACAAACGCAAGGCAUAAUGCGAGCCAUAAUCGGACGGAACCUACCAGCUUAAACGAAACAGAGUUACCGCACGAAUUAGCUUCUAGAGAUAGCGCAUGGGGAUCCUUGUAUGACGGUCUCGAUGAUCCUCCAACAGAUGAGAUGCCGUCCGAACAGAAUCCUCUCAAUGAGAACUAUAGCAUGGGAUCCCUUGCUGAGUCAUUACCGGGCUCUAUUCCUUUCAUACCGUGGUCAUUGGAUUUCGACUUAACUGAUCUUUGGCAGUUUGGGAAACAAGAUCUAGUUGAAGGGCACUUUAGGGAGUAG